UAUGCCUGGGCUAUCUCAUAUUUGUUUGCAGCACAAAUAACUUCUCCACCUUUCGGCUGCGUCUCUUCUAUACCGUCAGUCUCUCACCGUUUUGUUGCUCGUUUCCGACGUUACCUCCUUUCGUUCUGCUCAUUUGCAUAUACCUGCCAAAGAGAGGUCAAGCCACUUUUUUGGAGCUGAUGUCUUACAUCUACCUUUUGCUAGGAUAUUUCCUAGUUUCACCAGCUUUUUGUGUUUCUAAGCCAAAAGUGACAACUCCAUAUGGUCCUAUUGUUGGUUUCGAGCACAAAUCUACGGUAACCGGUUCAAAAUAUCAUGUUUUCCUGGGAAUUCGAUAUGGAAACCCACCGGAUCAUAUCUACAGGUUCCAGAAACCAGAACCAGUUGAGAAAUGGCCUCACAUCAACCAUGAUGCCACUCAUUUCCGUGCUUCCUGUAUCCCUUCACUCCGAUCUGAGCUGGAGGAGCAGGUCAAUUACAGUGAAGAUUGUCUCUUUUUGAAUAUUGUUACCCCACCAGAUGCUAAAGAGAAAAAACUGCCUGUUCUCGUUUUUAUUCAUGGUGGUGGAUUCCAAUUCGGUGAUACUUCAAUGAUUGGUUACCAGAAAGCCGCUGAUAACUUUGUGUCCAAGGAUAUUAUUUUUGUUUCUAUUCAAUACAGACUUGGUCCACUUGGAUUCUUUACAACUGGAGAUUCGGAGAUCCCCGGAAACAUGGGACUUUGGGAUCAGACCUUGGCUCUACAAUUCUUGCACGAAGUACUUCCUGACUUUGGUGGUGAUCCAGAUAGAAUCACUUUGGCUGGUCAUUCCGCAGGAGCUGCAAGUGUUUCAGCACUUCUCUAUUCACCACAUUCUGAUCAUUUGUUCAGCCAAGCUAUUCAACUUUCUGGAAGUAUCUUUUCCGAGAGCAACCUCGAUAGAAAUGUAGUGGAUGAUAGUCGAAAAUUGGCCAAAGCAGCUGGAUGUCCACAGGAGGAUUCCAAAGAAUUGAGAGAUUGCAUUGAAAUUAGAACAGUUGAUGAGUUGUUAGAUGCUAUGGAAUCAAUUGGUGAGCUUCUCCCUGGACCAAGAACUAAAAAGUUCCAUCCUUACUUUGACAAGGACUUCUUCCCGUAUGACAUUGAAAAAAUGUCCCGAAAGGCGCCAAAGAAAAGAACAAUGCAAGGUCUUGUCAGUUUGGAAAGUGGUUUGAGUGUGUUAUACCCUGUUAAACUCGCUAAACUUCUUGGAGUUCCAAAAGAAAGCUGGUCAACUUAUAGCAAGGAUAAUUUAGUAGAUUUCAUCAGAUCUCAAGUUGCCGUUGAACAAGAAUUUGGAACAGCAUCUGCAAGAUUCUCUGGUUUAGUCGAGGAAUUCUACUUGAGUGGCCCAAUGACUGGAAAUUCGAGUUUUUACUUGAACGCAUUUGCCAACUUGCUCAGUGAUCUACAAUAUAAUAUUCCAACUCUACAUGAAGUUGAGCUCAAGCUCCAGCACGGAUGGGACACUUAUCUCUACAUUAUUGACUAUGACAGUGAAACAACAAAAGAUCCAACUCAUCCAAUCAAGGGACCAUUCCAUGCUUCUGAAUUGAGAUAUUUGUUCAAUUUUAACGGAAUGGAUACAAUUCCAUUCAAUGAUAAAGACAAGAAGUUCGAGAAUUACUUUGUGAACGCAAUUGUCAACUUCAUAAACACUGGAACACCAAGUACGAAAGCCUUACUGUGGCCUGCAGUUUCAAAAUCUCAACCAUUUGCCAAUCUUCUUCUGAACGACAAACCAUCCGUUCAAACAUCAUUCCGACAAGAAGCUUAUGAACUUUGGCAAUCAGAUAUCGCAAAAACUGUUGGAGCAGAUUUGAUGAAAAAGAGACUACCAGCAUCCAAAGCCACAUUCCGUCACAGUGAACUGUGACUAGCCAUGAUCCGACAGCAAUUACUAAAUCAUAUUACCACUCGCCCACCUGUCCAAUAUUAUCAUGACGUGUUAACGCGAAACAGCCUCAUUUAUCGAAUUGGUUACAGCCGAUGAAUUGAGCUCAAAUGUUCAUAUAUAUACGGUUACAACUUUAGUUUCUCAUGUUUUUUCUUUCUGUUUAUUUCUCAAUGUUUUGAACGAUUUAAUAAAUGUUUAAAUUCAAG